GAAAUUGUAUGUAUGACAGUACAUACGUUCUCUGCCAAUACAGACAUAACCGUUAUGGUAGAGGCGAAUCUCAUUGAUUGAAGCACGGCAAACAUCUCAAAAUGAAGGGGCCCAACUUAACAUCCAAGGAUGCUUGGCAGAGGGUUAUUUCUGGGGAGGUGGGGCUUGAGCAAGGAAUUCUAGGCCGACAAGAAUCCUUUCCAUCUUCACUGCAGGGACGACAUCGCUGGAGACAAACGCACAAAAAUCUCCGUCAACCAACCCACCGUUACAGUAACUCCAACACACAGUAUUUCCCUUCGUUGGGAUCAACCCACGUCAUACUCUGUAUCAAAUGGGAGUUGGCCGAAGGUGACACAAACAUGGCGUCUCCGCAUCUCUGCACCACUCAGGAAGAUGGGCUUAGAUUAGCCCCAGUAUCGUCAAGCUCGGGAAUGGCGCAAGAGUCAACGAGAGCAUGGCCAGAACUGGCACAACUGCAGCUGCAACCGCCGCAGCAACAGGCACACCCCGUUAGAACCUUGGUGCGGCAUUCCAUGCUAUCGGGAACCCCAAUCUGAAACUGAGGCUCCAUCGUGGUGCGAUGGGUGCUGCUGUCUUCGAGAUCGUGCCGCUGCUUCUCAGAUAGCCCCGUUCCUGCCCCGAGUUUCGGGCCAUCUAUCUUUAGCCCCCCGCCCCCAUCCCGCUGCUCAUGGUGUCUGCAUCCUUCGGCAGAGGAGCCGAUAAAGUUUUGUCCGG